AACCGCGUGGCCGGGUCAGGCUCCACUCAGGGACACAGAGACCCUCUCCCGCCCUCUGUCCCUGUUCCCCUCCUCUUCUUCCUCUCUCUGCCUCUGACCCCUCCUUCUCCCACUCCUCUUCCCACAUGCUCGUACUCUGUCCUCAUGAGCUGGUCCCCAGAAGAAUGCAGGGAGCAGGGAGAACCCCCCAGUGACAGACACGCCCUCUGUGCCAGGCUGGUGGAGAAGCCCAACAGAGGGUCUGCCGAGCACCCAGAGUCUGGCCCGGGACCCAUCGUCACCCGGACGGCCUCGGGACCUGCCCUGGCCUUCUGGCAGGCCGUGCUGGCCGGGGACGUGGGCUCUGUCUCCCACAUCCUCGCCGAUUCCAGCACUGGCCUGACUCCGGAUUCCAUCUUUGAUACCAGCGACCCAGAGCGAUGGAGGGAUUUCCGCUUCAACAUCCGCGCUCUGAGACUCUGGUCUCUGACGUACGAAGAGGAGCUGACCACCCCGCUGCAUGUGGCCGCCAGCCGGGGCCACACGGAAGUUCUGCAGCUGCUGCUGAGGCGGCGAGCAAGGCCUGACAGCGCCCCUGGGGGCCGCACCGCCCUGCACGAAGCCUGUGCCGCGGGCCACGCUGCCUGUGUCCACGCGCUGCUGGUGGCUGGAGCCGACCCCAGCAUCCCCGACCAGGAUGGAAAACUCCCCUUGCACCUCUGCCAGGGGGCCGGCACCCUUGAGUGUGCGGAGCUGCUCCUGAGGUUUGGGGCGAAAGUGGAUGGUCGGUCUGAGGAGGAGGAGGAGACCCCUUUGCAUGUGGCCGCCCGGCUGGGCCGUGUGGAGCUGGCAGACCUGCUUCUGAGACGGGGGGCAUGCCCUGAUGCCCGUAAUGCCGAAGGCUGGACCCCACUGCUGGCUGCCUGUGACAUCCGCUGCACGUCCCCCGCCGACGCUGAGGCCACCACCGCCAGCUGCCUCCAGCUCUGCUCUCUGUUGCUCUCAGCCGGAGCCGAUGCGGAUGCUGCUGACCAGGACAAGCGACGGCCCCUGCACCUGGCCUGUCGCCGCGGCCACGCGGCCGUCGUGGAGCUGCUCCUAUCCUGCGGCGUCUGCACCAAUGCCAUGGACUAUGGGGGACACACGGCCCUGCACUAUGCUCUGCAGGGCCCAGCUGCGGCCCUGGCCCAGAGCCCAGAGCACACGGUGCGAGCUUUGCUCAACCACGGUGCUGUCCGCGUCUGGCCUGGGGCCCUCCCCAAGGUGCUGGAGCGCUGGUGUGAGUCUCCGAGGACCAUUGAGGUCCUGAUGAACACCUACAGUAUCAUGCAGCUUCCCGAGGAGGCCGUGGCCCUGGUGCCUCCUGAAAUACUGCAGAAGCACCACCGUUUCUAUUCCUCCCUUUUCGCCUUGGUGAGGCAGCCCAGAUCGCUGCAGCAUCUGAGCCGAUGUGCGCUCCGUGCCCACCUGGCCGCCUGCCUGCCCCACGCCCUGCCCCGCCUUCCCCUGCCAUCCCGCCUGCUCCGCUACCUGCAGCUGGAUUUUGAGGACGUGCUCUACUAGAUGUCUGUCCACUGCCUUUUGAGAGACCUGAAAGCAGAUGCCCCAGGGGGCUCCAGUCUGCGGCUCUCCGCACCUCCAACCCAGGACUGAGCUGAACUGAUUCGGGCCGAGGUGGCUCUGUCAGCAGGAGGUCCAGCUCCUCGGGCAGAUGUGGAUGCUGCCAUCCCCACCCAGGAGAGAGAGACAGACCAUUCAGCCAGGUGAUGUCUAACAGAGAGACAACUGGCACUCAUGGCAAGUGAGGCACUCCUCUUGGUGGUCUGAGGCACCCCUCCAGCCCAUCCGAUCCCUGUAUGAGCAUUAAAAAUCUGCAGGCCUGUG